GUACCUAAUAUUGAUCGAAAAUCUUUAUGUUAACUGCCAUCUGUGUGAUUAGGACUUCAUAACUGAACCCGAGCUGUGUCAGUUCAACAAGUGUACUACAAUGAGAAUAGAAUCAGAAUAAUUACUACGUGUCUCGCAUUUUAACAAUUUGUGUUUGAUUGUUAUUUUGUAUUGGAUCUAAUUUACAUUAUUUUCUAAAACCCAAAAAAAUAUUAAUCACUACAUCAUACAUGGAAGGAUUGGAACAAGAACAUUCAAUUAACACAGAAGAAAAUAUGUCUACCGCGGACAGAAACUCUGAGUCUUCCAGAUUAGUCACGUCUAAUGCUUCUACUAAACCGAGUUAUUUGAACUUGUGCAGCAAUACGUGUUCUGUCAUAUUUUUGUGCAUUAUUUCGUAUUGUUCUUUUCAUAAAGGAGUUACAUUAUUUUCUUUUCAUCCCAUUUUGAUGUCUUUGGGAUGGGUUAUCAUUAUGACUUCAGCAAUCAAUGCAAUCACUCCAGGAGAUUUUGCAACAGAAUGGAUGCCUAUACGUCUACGAAGUGCUCGACAUUGGCUUUUACAGGUGGUUGGUUUCAUAUUCAUCACAGCAGGAUUCUUCGUGAUACUGAUUAAUAAAAUUAUAAAUGGCAAGGAUCAUUUCACAUCUCUCCAUGCAAAAUUUGGUUUGUCUUCAUUAAUACUUAUGUUGGUAACUAUGAUGGGAGGACUGGGAGCUUUGUACAGUCUUAAAUUAAAAAAUUAUCUUGCUCCUAUUUAUACAAAACUUCUGCAUGCUAGUAUUGGACUUUUAACUUUUGUCCUGGGAGUUAUUACUAUAUUACUUGGAUUGUUUACCAGGUGGUGGAGUUUUGGUGACCCUAUCAGAUAUACAAACUUCACACUUGUACUGGCCAUUAUGCUUUUAACUAUCUUGAGACCAAGCUUAAAAAUAUAUUUCCGUUUAAAAGAAAGAAUUGAAAACACAAACUAAAACAUAAUUAAAAAAAAAACAAAUGAGAUGCAAGAAAAAGGAAUACUGAACUUUUUUAUUUUUUUAUAAUCAAGUAAAGUUAUGUUAGUCAAUGUUAUUUUUUAUUAUUAUUUUAUAUUAUUAUUUUUAUUAUUAAGAAUGUUUUUGUGAUACUUUGCUAAACCUAACAUUUAUGUUACACUUGCUUGUUUGCACAAAAUAGUUGAAAUUCUUUGAAUUUCAAUGUGAUAUUUUUUUUAUACUAGUGGUGCUUAAUUUUAUUUUGUAAGUAUAUUAAUAUAAUUACAGAAAGUGAUAUAUUCUAUGAAUGUAAAAGGGAUAAAUCUAACAUAAAUUUAUGUAAUAUCCCAUAAGCCAAACAAUCUAAGACUUAUAAGUGGAGCCUAUAAAACACAAUCUUAUCAUUAACUAUCUUUAACUUAAUGGUUUUGAAAUGGUAAAUGGUAAAAAAAUACUUUACCAAAGAAUGUCUUAAAUCUCAGAAUUAGUUUGUUAUCCUUUGCAAAAGGCAAUGCAUUUAAUCAAAAUUUUAUUUAGAUUUAAUUGUCCUAAUAUUCCAGUGUUAAUUUUAUAGUUUUAAGAAAAUUAUAAACUUGUUAUUUUUAUUAAACAUAUAUUAUUUAAGAAAAUAAUGUACUUAUCAUAAUUCAAUGAAAGAUGUUUCAUAUGUCCAACUUAUGUAAUUUUAAAUAUAUUUUUCGAAUAUUAUUAAUUUCAAAAUUUUCUUUCGAAUUUUUUUGCUAAAUUGUGCCAAAAUUAGAUUAAACUAUAUAGUCAUUACUAUUCCAUGAAAGACUAUAUUAUAUUAUAAUCUUAUCUUAUAGUGGUUUAAGUGGUAGAGAAUUAUCAAAUAUAUAAAAGAUAUAUUAAUAAAUAUUUACAUGUAGUUUUAGAAAAACUCUCGAUGUCUAUUUACACUUGAAGCUCUAAAGUAUAUGUUAUUCUCUAAUAAAUGUGUUAUGAUUGCUGUUAGAGUUUUAAUUUAAACUAAAAACUACUACCUUCUUAAUCCCUAAACUUUACUAAUAAUUUUCUAAUAGAAGUAAAGUCCUACUUGCAGAAAAUAGGUCAAAUUCGAGUAUAGCUUAGUACUCACUAUUUAUAGCUAUGUAAAUAUUAUAUGGGUAUCUAAACCCUGUACUGGGUGUACAGUACAGUUCUGGAACCAUUAAGAAAAACUCCCACAUCACCAACUUAUUUACCACCAACUUAUCUAUUUAUAAGUAAGGUGUUUACAAAUUCCAUAAAGCAAUGAUAGUUUUAAUAAAAAUAAAGAUGAAAAACAGCGUAAUUUUGGUAAAAUUAUUUUAUUAUUAAUUGGUUUACAAAUACCUAU